AUGCCGGGCAUGGAAGUGACGGGACCGGAGGGUUCGCAAGCACUCGAACGGCCGCUGCUGAGGUCUCACAAGGCACUUCCUCGGCGGGGCAUGACCAUUCCCAGUAUCGAAGUUAUCCAACCGGUCUCACCGGAUCAGAAUAGGACACUCAACGCGACGCCUGCGCCGCCCUUGACACCUCCCGAUGCAGGCCACGACGUCGACCGAACCCCCCGGAAGAUGGAUUCGUCCCUGUCCGACCUUACAACAACUGGGAUGUUGACCCCCCGCCGCGCCUCGAAGCCUCCGACCCCCGAUGUGACUCCUCCUAGAACGAACGCGAAUAAGCGACCUCUCUUGAGCCAGUUCGUGCAUGUGUCCUCAUCAUCGCGAGCUGACUCGUUCCAAACGGCUAAUGAGGACAUCUCUUCGUCUGAUGACAUGGAUACCCCGGUGCGCUCAUCUCAGACCACGACUCAGACAUCCAGACAAAGAAAGCAGCCAUCUAAGCCACCCGCCGCAAAUGGUUAUCAUUCAUAUUUCACCAGCGCGAGAGAAUCCCCGCUGGUUUCUGAACAGCCUAGCGACACUGAGUACGUAAAUGGAUUCGAGUCUUUUGAUGGAGAUUGGACCAUGGACACGAUGGACGGGUCUCCGACACCAGCUGGGAAGCGAAAAUCUGCACGGAAAUAUCCUCAACUGAAGAAUCAGUCAAGCCUGGACAGGAAUGUAUUGGAUGUGAAACACCUGGAUGCCUCUUUGAUGCGGGAGAAGAAGCUGCGGGAUCGCGUUCAUGGUGCACAUGAACUGACGACUACCUCAUCUAUGGAGCGAUUCCGUGAAGAGAUCGGUUGGCCAUCAUCGGAAGGUACAACCAAACAUGGCGAUCCUGUAGCCCGUCCCUUGUCAGUCAUCUCGUCGACAUCUACCGUCUCGGCGAUGAUCAUCGACUCCCCCAAAAGAACCCAGCGAAUUCUUCGGCAUACUGAAAAGCGAAGCUCUUUGCGAUCUGCCAGCUCCCCCAUCACCCACUCGGAACGUACCUCUUAUGGGUCCCUUCCUGAAUCGCAACAUCGUCUGGUCCACAAGGCCGCUCGCAUUUCCGAGCAGGGCCGCCGAAGCGCAUCAUCAGGAAGGUCAUUCUCGGCCCAAACUAGCAACAGCGCAAUAAACCCCAACAUUGAAACUAUCAAGGUGGUGGUCAUACCAGAGCGAAGUUCAUCCCUCAACUCUGGUCGCAACAGCUUUGCUUCUUCCAAGCCGGGCUCUCAACGAUCGAGCCGUCGUCCCCCGACUACCUCAACUGGUCAUGUAGAUAUGACCCGACAGAAGAAACGUACCAUGUCUGACUCGGUGUCCAUGAAAUCUCACGCGACUGAUUCCAGAAGUCGUAGUAUCGGGCGACCUGUCAUCCCACCCCGAAGCUCAUCGCUUUCUGCGCCAACAAGUCGGAACAAUUCUCGCGCCACAUCUCUUACCACGGCCAGUUUGCAAAGCCACAAUCUAGCCAUGGACUUUGAAAUGCAAAAGCGUCGUGAUCAGCAGCCAGUGUCUCCACCUCGCCAUAACGUCUUAUCUUAUGAUCCUAGCGAUUUUCUCGAGGUUCCCAACAUGCAUGAGUUUGCAGCCGCUGACGAUAUGACCCUGCAACCCCCUUCGUUGCCGUUCACCCAAGGAUCGAUCCCGUCAUCUUCACCAGGGCCGAUAGAAAUCCAGGAGGCUACAGCUGUCAGCUUGUUUGCACAUAACAACCGAUCUCUGCUACUUGUUGAUCCCCGAAUGCAGUCAUCCAGACGUCCUCUCCAUGAGUUUGGAAUCUCCAACGGCCCAAUCAAUCUUCGCACACCAGACAAUCCACCCCAGCCAGGAAUGAUGACUGUCGACUCCCCGUUGAAGAACCCUCGCCCUCCACCCAAGCCACCAAUCGCCAAACCUCUUCCUCCGCUUCCCUUGCAUGAGGAUGACAACGGUACGGAUGAAAGCAAAGGUCUCAACGGACGAUGGAGCUCAGUACGUCGCACCUGGAACGCUCGCCCACGGUCCGAAUCCUUCAACACCCUAGCAAGAUCAUUCACCAUGAAAUCAGCAAAGAACCGAACAACGGGAAUAGAAAUGGACAGUCGCCUGUACCCCUUCUGGCGACCUCGCCCAUUCUGGGAAGGCAUAUCCGACUCCCCCAAGAAGACGGGUUCACCGACCCGUCAACUGCCCCUGAACCCAAACGACUCCUUGGUAGUAAACAACACCCUCGGUCUACCCCAGCAGCGAAUCAUCUUCGACGGCCCGCCCGCUUUCGCACGGCGCAGCCCAGAAAUGAAGCGCCUUUUCAACGGAAUGACCAGCAAUGGUAGCUUAGUCGCCCCAGGCAUGUUCCGCACCGGAUCGCCACUGCACCCAUCUCGCUUCCGAGUCCUCUCCCACUGGGGUCUGCGUGUCCAGUCGAUGUCCUGGCGCAAUAUACGCAACCGGCUCCGACGUCUGCGCCAACGCCGUGAUGAGCGUAAACGCGCUGUCCGGAGAGAAACUCUCAAGCAGAGUAUCGGCGGCCCUGUCUAUGUAGCAUCCAGCGCUACUAGUGGGAUCCCCGGGAGGUAA